AUGGCGGACUUUGAAAAAGCCAUCAACGAUGCCAUUGCUUCGGAGGAAAUUCCUGGCUGCGCUCUAUCAGCGACGAACCGCGACGGAACAUUCACAUAUUCCAAAGCUUUCGGCAAAGCCUCCAUGAAGCCCGAAAACAGCAAGCCUAUGCAACUCAACACAGUCAUGUGGAUAGCAUCCUGCACCAAACUCAUGACGUCCAUCUCCGCCAUGCAACUCGUAGAACGUGGCCUCGUCUCCCUUGACGACCCCGUCUACAAGCAUAUUCCCGAGCUAGAAUCCCGAACCGUAAUCAAAGGCUUCACCGAAGCCGGCGCACCCAUUGAAGAAAAGCACACCAAACCCAUCACUCUCCGCCACCUCCUCAGCCACUCCAGCGGCCUCGCCUACGAAUUCAUCCACCCGGUAAACCAAGCCUGGCUCAAGUACCACAAGCGCGCCCCGGGAAGCAGCGGCAACCUCAUCGAACGCUUUUCCUACCCACUCGUCUUCGAGCCCGGUGAGAGCUGGGCGUACGGCCCUGGUCUCGACUUCGCAGGCCUCCUCAUCGAGCGCGUGUCUGGCCAGUCACUCGAGGACUAUAUGAAAGCGAAUCUCUGGACCCCGCUCGGUAUAUCCGACAUGACUUUCUCGCUCGCCUCCCGCCCGGAUCUCGCGGCGCGCCUGGCGGAUAUGUCAGCGCGGGACCCUGCGUCAGGCAAGGUUGUGGAUUUCUCGGGCCCGCUGCCGUAUGUGGAUGGGGAGGGCAAGGAAGUUACGAGUCAUAUGGGGGGUCAAGGUGUUUUUGCGUCGGUGGAGGAGUAUGCGAAGGUUUUGAAGGCCGUGUUGGAAGCGGAUAAUGGGGGUGAGGGGAAGAUUUUGAAGAAGGAGUCGGUUGAGGAGUUGUUUAAGGCACAGUUGGGGGAUAAGAGUCGGGAGGUGCUCAUGGGGAUUUUGGAGGAUCAGGCGACUGGAAAUGCGAUGGGUGGUUUACCGAUUGGGUUUCCCAAGGACCACGCGCUUGGUGGCGUUGUGAUAGUGGCUGAUGGGCCUGAUGGCAAGAAAGCUGGGACUAUGGUUUGGGGCGGGUAUCCGAAUCUCAUCUGGUGGAUUGAUCGCAAAACAGGGCUUUGUGGUAUUUACGGUGGUCAAGUUGUUCCGCCGGGAGAUGCAAAGGUUUCGGGGUUGCAGCGCAGCUUUGAAGCCGGCAUGUAUGAGAGGUUGGCAAAGGAGAAGUUGUAA